CCUGGCAUUCCCAGGCAGUAAUGGAUGCUUCUUGGCUGGGAUUGCUAUGGACUGAGCAGGAUUGCAGCAGGGGGGCUGCACUUCCAGGCAGCAAGCAUUGAGCACAGGCACCCCAGCAAGGAGGGAGAGAGUGCUGCCUGAGGGAGAUCAGGUGCAAAACCAAAACAAUAAUCCAUCCUUCCUCCAAAGCCCUAUCUCCCACAGUGCUGCUCGUGACAAGUUGAAUGAUGUGCUGCUCCACAAAGACUGGGCUGUUCUAUCAGCCACAAAGGAGCUUUGAUCAUAAAGUAUAAACGGCUUUGCAAGAGGGCACUGUGAUUCUAUCAGUUCAAUGGAGAAGAGUAGCAAUCAGGAACUAAUAGAAUGGGAUGAAGAAAUGCAGACCAACGUCAACAAGGGAUUUUGCAGCCCUGAUGAUGUGCUGAAUUUGUCUGGAGAUCAAAUGGACAAUGUUAGGCUUUCACAACGCGGUUCAGGAGGUGAUGACAGCAUCAAUUUUGAUGUCCAUUGUGUGACUAAUUUGGAGGAGAUGAAUGACAGGGCAUCACGUGAACAGCACCUCAGUGUAUGCAUUGAGGGUGUUAUGGGUGCUGACUGUCUGAGGACACCUCUGAGCUCAAAGACAGAGGUGGAAUGUGAAAACCAAUUCGAGGACUCUUCUGGCACUAAACCAGUUAGUCCGUUGGAGCAACAAGGCAACAUUGGGCACAUUGAAGCAAUUGGCUCUGAAGAAGGUCCAAUCGUUACCAAGCUUGAGCCUGUUCUUACACACUCUGUCCUCGCUGAGAACUUGAGGACUUUUGGUGAGAACACGAGGAGCCAAUUGAAUAACCAUGCAAGCUCUUUUUCUGCUUGCCUGCCAGACAGUAUUUUAGAUGGAAUAAAUCUGAAUGUGUCAGAGGUUGGACGCAGGGUGCUGUUGGCACCGUAUACCCAAAAGGAGCAUGACAUCCCCACAAUGAAUACUGUUCAGAGUACUGCCGUAGAUCGGAUAUUGUAUGGGUUUGAUUUAACAUGUGAACGAGAUGGAGACGAAUACUCUUCGUUAGAUCAGAUGACCUAUGACUAUGAUGUGACUUGUGGAGAGGAAGAAGUGCAAUAUACCUCUCUGGAUCCAGUCUCUUACAGCUUUGAUGUGUCCUGUGAGGCUGAUGAAGAUUUAAACACUUCAGUAGAUCCAAUGUCGUAUGAGUUUGAGGUUUCAUGUACUAGAGAUGAUGAGGAAAUACCAUGUUUUAGUCAAAAUUCCCUUGACAAUGGCAAAAAUGUAGAUGAUCCGACAGCAAGUGUCAGCUGUGAAAAGGCUAUCAACAACGCAUAUGGUGCUGUCCAGUCAUGGCCGAAUACAGAGCUCAUUAUUGGCUCACUUGAGCAUCAGAGCAGCGUGGAAAACUCUUCCAGUGUCUUAGCCUUAAGGAAUGAAGGCAGCUGCAAGAGAGUGGCCGUGACUGAGAUUUCUGUCAAUGUGCCUCGAGACCAAAUACUGCCAACAAAAGACGUUCAUGAAAGGGGACAAGUUCUGACAAGCUUGGGGAAGGAUUGUAUUCCUGCAGAAAUGAAGGAAUAUCCUGCCUACUGUGAACCAGCACCUGUACGUUACCAUGAGCAUCUCAGUACCUCGAAGGACAGACAGCCCAGUCAGUCGGCGAUGGAUGAGCGCUUCAGUGAGCAGCGUGAUGGUGGCAGUGUAGAACCAACCAAUACCUCAGUGACCAAUUAUACUCUCAGCCUUUGUCAAGCUGCAUCGUGGGACUGCUCGAGUGCAAUCGGUACAGACUGUGUAGAGGAGCUUUCCCAGUUCUCUGCUAAAUCCUCUGUAGAGCAUGGCAUGGAAUCUUCACAGGCUACCUCAGUUCAGUCGAGCCAAAGGUCAUCAAGCCUCGAGGGCUGUGACAAGCUUGACGUUCCAGGCAUGCACAGUGCAGAGAGGCCCUGCGUCGCUAGCCAGGUGGUCCUGGCUACUGAAAGGGAGACAGAGGCAAUUCAGUCAGCAGCCCCUUUGUUUGCUGCCAAUGCACAAUUGCCUGAUGAUAAAGAGAUGCCUCAGGGAAGCACUGCCAGCACAAACAGGAAAGCCAUGAAUGCAUCUGUGCUGGCCCAGACAGGGCUGAAUGUUAGCCCUGCAAGAAAGGAGGAGGUUGUUGGUGCUGCUGAUAUGUUGUCUUCGGUUGAUGCCUCAAGCCUGGUGUCGGCACAUCCUUCAAACUCAGGGGAACUCUCCAAUCUAACCUCAAUCUCAAUGGAAAUCAUGGGUAGACCAAAACCAGAGACCUUUCAAGCAGGAAAUCUGAACAUAGCAGAAGGACGAAUGGGAGUGAGCAAUAGCUCUGACUCAGAAGGAACAUCCAAGGUACUCAGUCUAGCUGUGAAUGAGGAGCGAGCUGCCUUUGAAGAAUCAGCAGCAUUGAAUGAGUCAGUCUGUUCUCCAAAGCCACUGGCCACAGUCACAAGCUUAGACCGAAAACAGGAGUUGGAACAAGUAGGUAAUUGCUUAGGACUGUUAAAAAAAGACAGCAAAAGAACAUACUUGGUUUCAGGCAAGAGAAAUGAAAAGGAGGAGCAAUUUGCCCAGGGGGCAGAAGAGUCUAAGAGCAAAGAAUUGCCAAUAGAAUGCAAAGCAAUCUCCAGAGAGACCUCAGCAGCUUUGACUGCUUCGGAAUCAGAAGAAACCUUCAAGCAAAGUCUGGACCUUUCAGGUGAACACAGUAAAGUCAGUAAAUACCUGAACGUCAAUAGGGAUUACCGAGUAGAUUGUGCAAAACCAUUACUGACACCUGUGAUGGAGUUAAUGCUGUCCAGUGCCAGCAUUGGGGAGAAAGAUCCCAGGGGGGUACCUACUGUGGCAGCAACAAGGAAUCCUGUGCCUUCGGGUGAACCAUCCCUUUACACUUGCACAAAGUGUAGCGUCUAUUUCCAGGACAGGGAGUACCUACACAGGCACAUGCUGGACCACUUUGAUGGACAUGCCGAGGAAGGAUUUGCAGGGGCUCCUCGCCCAUUCACCUGCCAUGAGUGUGGCCAUGCUUUCUGCGACCUGGCCUCUCUUCAGACACACCUGAGUCUCCAUCAAGAGCGCAGGGCGAGCUUCAUGGAGGCCUUCCAGGAACUGGCUGACCCACGGGGCGAAGGGCAUGGGGCCAAGCAGCAGGUCACCUUUGGGACCAGUCCGGCGAAGCUACCAGGGGAGCGGGCUGAGGUGCAUGUCCUCAAAGUGCCUCAUCAGUGCCAUCUCUGCCAUUUCCAGGCAGCCACGGCUGAAGGAUUUCAGGAGCACCAGUGGCGCAACCAUCCAGGCGGGGUGGAGAAGAGCAAGAGUCCAUGCACAUCCAGUCUUGGGUUGCCAACUCAGGCCGCCAAAGCAGAUCUGCACCUGAACCAGGAAUGUCCUUCCUCCAGGAGAGUUGAGAGUCUGUAUAAAGAACAGAUGAAACUCAGCCAGCAACACAUCCAUCAGCAAAAGUCAGGCUGCCCUCCGACAAGGCCAUUAUGGCCUUCUGCUGGCCAAGGAGCUGACGACUCCUACAACCAAUCCAGCAACUGUGAGAGCUCUCCACGAUUCCUGCCAUUGAAUAAUCUGGGUGAUGGCAAGCCGGAGUUAGAGUCAUUGCCUUCAACUGCAAGAGGACUUUGUAGCUACGAAGACAACCGCCCAGUGAUCUUUGAGGGGGAGCAAAAGGGCAAAACCAUCCUCGAUGUCCCAGAAGUGGAGAUUGCCAAGUUGAAAACUCACUCAGCACUGGACAUGACAAAGCGGGCUGUGCUGCAGAAUAGGCAGUUCAAGUCACCAGUGGGCGUGCCCAAUUACACAGGCUUAUGUGAAAGUACAGGGACAAACAUCCCUCACUUGCCCAGAGGAAAUUUUGCUCCACAACAAGGGGCUGUUUGUCCCUCUCGUGAACAGCUAAAGAACAAAAUAGAGGGAGGUGGAGAAUAUCAUGCCGGUCAAAGAACUGCCCUGACUUACAGGAAAAUUGUAAUAGAUCACUUUGCAUCCAGAAUGGGCACUGGUGGACCUUCAGUCCACAAAGAUAUCGUGAGGUUAAAGACCGAUUUAGAGGAGACUGUGAGAAAUAAAACUUGCUCUGUUUCAUUUGGUCUGCGAGACAGUCUCCAACAGAAAACCUCAGGCUUGGCAGGUCACCGAAUUCAGAUCUGUGACACUACAGCUCUUCCUACCAAGAAAGGAAGGAUGUCUACAAAUCCAAGUGCCACCUCGUGCUGGCCUAGAGCGGUAAGAAAGCGCACAAAAGAGCUGCUUAAGACUAUCAAUAUUCCACAAGAUCUGUCAGUUGACCAACAUCAGCAAUUAGUGAGAAUGACUUCUAUAAUAUUACUUGCUAAAACAGAAAGUCAGUCAGAAUGUGACUCUGCCUUGGAAGAAGAGGCGUUGGGUUCUUCCAUGGAACCCAAGGAGGGUCAACUGCAUCGUGAACCCGGGGCAAGCCAGCUGCAACGUGAACGUGAAGUGAGUCAGCUGCAACGUCAGCCUGGGGCAAGCCAGUCCCAACACUUGGGAAGACGUUCCCAAAAUGACCCCAGGGAGGCUCUGUCUCAGCGUGAGCCCAACUGUGAUGAAAGGGAAUUAGCUUCUUCUGUGGAAGUGGGGUUAGACAAAAGCAUCCCUUGGGAAGUGCCCAGUGAAGAUUUACCACUAGAUCUGAUGAAAAAGUCAAAAGACCUCUUGGGCAAGAAUUUGUUACGCAUGUUUCCACUGGAAGAAAGAGAGUGUCCCUACUGCCCAGAUAAAUUCCACACUGGGAUAGGUUUGGCCAAUCAUGUACGAGGGCAUCUUAAACGAGUUGGCAUCAGUUACAACACCCGGCAUUUUAUUAGUGCAGAAGAAGUUACAGCAAUUGAAAAGGAAUUCUCAUUACAGAGGCUGAAGAGGAAAGCCCUGAAGAUCCGUGGCAGUGCCGUGGAAAGGUGCAACCUGUGCGGCGCCAACUUCGACUCGCGGGCGGGGAUGUCGAGCCAUGCCCGUGCCCACUUGCGAGAGCUUGGUGUGAUGUCCUGGAGUGCCACUAGCUCCCCCAUCGACCUACUCAAUGAGCUCCUUCAGGAUCUGACCCCAUCCAGCCUGGCCGAUAGCCAACCCAGGCUGGACAGCAGCCUGUGGAAACCCGCCGGCUACAGGUCAGGAGCGACAACAUCAGAUGGGUCAAACCCCCGUCCACUUGUGCGACCGUUCACCUCUGCAAAUAACAGUUCACCGCCACUGAGAAACACGGUGGUGAUAAUUGAUCCUGAUGACGAUGAAAUGACCUCUCUGGCGCUAGAUUUGCCAUCUGGACGUAGUUCUACAGAAUCUGAAAUCCAGGAGAAAAAUGGAUUGUCAGGAUCGCCAGAUACAAACUCUCAAACAACUUCAGUGCUUUCCAAACCGCCUCUUCCUAAAAUUGCCUUGGUGACCCAAGGAGAGGAUUCACUGCAGUCUAACAAAUUGCUGAAUUCCUGUCAGUUAUGCGGCACCUGCUUUGAGACCCGUAAAGGAUUGUCAAGUCAUGCACGCUUCCACCUGAGGCAGUUUGGAGUGCCAGACUCAGAAAGCAGUGGCGCCCCAAUUGGUACAUUGUACGAACUGAUGAAAAGAAAAGGGAUACCUAGUGUUUUACCCUCCACUUUGGCUACUGAUAAACCGCAGAGCUGUUCACCAAAGGACAUGUCUGCUCUAAAACAAGAAACUCCUGGCAAGCCACUUGGAGAGGAGUGCCAAGGAGAAACGGCGCAUGCAGCUAAAUCGCCAAAGUUGACCAUUACCAGUCCACUGAAGGGCCAGUCUCAGACAGGAUCAUCGACACUCAAGAAAGUGCAUCCCAUUUUACCAAAGCCAGUGUCCAGUAAAUCUCCAGAGCCUGGAAAAACAGGGAGAUCGUUAAUGGAUACUCCUCAGACAUCAGGGGAGCUGAUGUCGAAGAAGCUGUUUUGGACCCCACAAGAUGACAACACACCUUUAAACCUCAGUAAGUUGUGGUCACCUAUUGGCCUUAAAGCAGUAAACAGUGAACACAUAAGCUGUCGGUUGUGUGGUGCCUGCUUUGAAACCCGGAAGGGGCUGUCGAGCCAUUCUCGAGCUCACUUGAGGCACUUUGGAGCGGUGGAUGUGGAUUCUAAAGGAUCUCCGAUUGAAGCUUUAAAUGAAUUCAUUAAGAAAAAAGGAAUUCAGAGUGCUGUGUCAUCCAUGUUGCCAAUAAAGAAAGCACACAGCUACCCUAAGAUGUCUGCCCUCAAAGCGGACAGGACAAAUUUCAAGUUAGGAGCACCUGUCAACAAGAAAGCAUCACUAACGUCCCCUUCAGUGUCACCACAGAAGAAGCUGAAGCAAGUCACUAUGAGUGUGCAUAUGGAAUCUGGGAUUUCUCAGGCUUCAAGACCUAAUAAUGAGCUGGCUGCUGAAACUUAUUGGCCAUCAUCACCUAUAAAUCUGUCAAUUGAUUCAGCGCCUAGCAAAGAGACGCGUUGUGAAUUUUGCGGUGAUUACUUUGAAAACCGCAAGGGGCUGUCGAGUCACGCGAGGUCACACCUGAGGCAGUUCGGGGUGACUGAAUGGACAGUUAACGGCUCGCCAAUAGACACAUUGAAGGAGCUUAUGAAAAGGAAAAUGCAUCCUCUCGACUCGCCUAUCACACCUGAUCUCAAAAUGCCCUCAAAGCCAGCACCAAUGCAGGCCCUGCAGAGUGAACCUUUCUCGCCCUCUCCGGGUAAAUCAUCCAAGUUUAGCCUGACCAUUCCAUCUGUCAGGCAGGUUCCAUCAGCAUCACUAGUGCCGAAAAAGGUUCAGGGGCAAUUUUUCUCCCCGCCAUCACUGAAAAAACUGAAGCUGACCCCACUGAAAAAGGUGAAACAGGAGCACUUCACAAUAGAGUAUAAUCCUGAGGAAUCAGCAACCUUGCUGAAGAGCAACAGUUAUUUAUCCGAACAAAUGUGGUCAUCCAGCGAAGAUACCUCACCUCUUCGUUUAACAGUUGAUCAACCCAACAAGGAUGUCCGUUGCGAGUUCUGUGGUGAAUACUUUGAGAAUCGCAAAGGGCUAUCGAGCCAUGCCAGGUCACAUCUGAGACAGUUUGGUGUGACCGAGUGGACUGUGAAUGGUUCACCAAUUGAUACGUUGAAGGAGCUGAUGAAGAGGAAGGGAAAGCCUGAACCACUUAGCCAUGAGUCAGUGCAGCAGGAACUGCAACGAGAUCCUGAAAACUACCUGUAUGAGGAGAAGCCAAUUUCUAAGCCAUUCAAUCAGCUUAUUAAAUCAUCUGGCAAGGAGGUGCAGCAAAAGCAUCUGACAUCCACGGCAAGAAAAGUGUUAUCUUAUAUGCCCAGCAGCCAGCAUGUGACUGGGUCACCACUGGGCAAGAAGAUACCUAUGGGUUUUGUGUCAACUGCACCACUAAAGAAACCCAUGCUAGAUGAUAGAAAUCUGACGCCAGAAUUGAAACCUGGCUAUGCUCCAGGGUCAGGCUUGUUUAAGCCAAAGGCCACAUGGUCCCCGCAGGAGAAGGUGGCAACGAGUCCAGUAAUAGCCGCAGAUACUUGCUGCGAAUUGUGCGGCCACUACUUUGAAAACCGGAAAGCUUUAGCCAGCCAUGCCAGAGCCCAUCUCAGACAGUUCGGGGUGACUGAAUGGCACAUCAACGGUUCACCGAUAGACACCCUGAGGGAAUGGAUCCGCCAGAAGCCCAACAUUGGCACGGGUGCUUCCCUGAACUGUGUGCAGGACCGCCCUCUUCCAAAACCCAUCAGAAACAGUAUCAAAUCUGUGGUUAAAGAGCUGUCGGGGGACCUGUGUUCUCUGCCAGGGGGUAAGACAGUGAAGUUGGAGCCAAUGCAGCCCAAAACAGUAGAGCUGGGGUUUCCGGCCUCACCGAUACAGAAGAAUCCAGAGACUGAAAAAAUGCCUCCGACAGAGUGCUACAUCCCCACAGAUCUGAGCCAAGGCAGCAUUACUGAGUGCACCCCGAGCUCCUCUAUGCCAUCUGAGGACGAUGAGCCACAUCCAAAGAAAAAGAGAAAGCACCCAGUCAAGUUAGGAACCUGUGAGUAUUGUGGAGUGACACUAACCACGGGUGUAGGCCUCUCCAACCACAUGCGUGGCCAUCUGAAAUCUGGAUUGAAAAGGAAGUUACCGAGUCUGUCUCAGUUUGAGGAACUCCACGAAAAGGCUGAACCUGCACUCACCGACACAUACUGUGAGCGUAAGCAGCAUAAGCCGGUGGUAUGUACAGCGAACGUGUCACCGAAACGUGAGGAAGGGAAGGAGACAAAAACAUUCAGGCCAAAAUCAGAGGAACCAAGACCCCCACGAGUGAGACCUGUGAUCUUUCCAGUGCCGAAGCCUGAACCCAUCUCACUGGUGAAGUUUAUAGGAAACAUCUACACUCUGAAAUGCAGAUUUUGUGAUGUGGAGUUCCAUGGUCCGCUGUCGAUUCAGGAAGAAUGGGUGAGACAUCUGCAGCGACACAUCCUGGACAUGAACUUUCCAAAGACGGAGGCUGCCCGCGAAGAGAUCUCUGUGUCUGCUGACACAGGGAAAUAGGCCAAAUCUGCUGCCUGUGUGGAUACUUGGGUACAUUCGGGGCAGAAUGUCCAUUGCAGUCUCUCACAAAGACGCACUCGAUUUUAUGUUCUAGUUUUAGUCAAGUUUGGAAAGAUUCUUCUUUGCCUUGAACGUGUAAACCUCUGUGUAGUAAUGAAAAUAUCUGCCUUAUGGUGAUUUCUUUAGAGUAAUUCUGCAUUGGCCUCACACACUUAGAAGUUUAGCCCUGAUUAAUUUCAUACAAUGUAAAAUCAGUUAGGUACCCAGUGCACUUCAGGGGAGUAGCAGUGCUCGAUGAGGGCUGCACAGCAUUGUUUUUGGCAUUUAUAUAACCUGAAUCAAAACCACCGUUUACGUAUGAUCCAUUUGAUACCACUGUCAUGCUCACAGGUAAUGGAUCAAUCCUUCCCUUGGGAGAUGAGAAGGAAAGCUCAAGGUGGAUUGUUAAUAAUUAUUUUAAAAAUCCAUCCUUCUAAUGUUGUGCCAUUUUUCUUGAUACCACAGUGUAGCAGGUGUUUCUCAUAGUGAGAAACACUAUUCAGUGUUUCUCAUAUCAAGGCCAGCAGGGGAAAGAAACGAAGUCCAUACGCAGGUAGCUGCCAUAGUGUGGAUCAUAUGAAUGAGGGCAGAACCAAGUAACUACAAGGUGGAUAUCUGGACAUUACGCACUCUAUGUACUGUGCGAUUGCAAGUCUUACUGGUCUCGCAUUGGGCUGUGUGUCAUCCAAACCUUGCAGAGAAGAGGUCCAACUGUACAAGGCUGAUUUGGUAUUAAACAAUGUGCUGUGAUGUACCUAGGCUUUGAUAUGGAAGUUAUUUUGCAUGCUGUCAGACUGUAGUCACUGAUCAGAGGUCAGCAGUGCAAUACCAUGCAGAACCAUAAGCGGAAAGUUCUGAUUCUGAUUGGUUUGUCAACACAGCACUAAGUAGACAUGUCUGUUUCAAUGCAGCCUACAGAAGGGAAUCUUGGAUACUGUAGAAUGUCCCAGCUUAGCAAGAACAUAGUCCUGUUGAAUAGUUGCUACUUGUAUUCCAUGUUGUCAAGGUUUUUAUGACUGCAACACUGCAGCUGAUGCAAUUUACCAUCAUGCCUGUGCAUAGGUCAAGCCACAUUCUUCAGUGGGGCAGCUGUCAGUGGGCAUAUGGUUACAGGAAUGAAUUGGACAGUCUAAAAGGACAGGCUUUUCCUCCGACUCUAAGAACUAAAUUGCAUUUUUUUCAGUAACAUAUUUAUACUUAUCCUUUUGGGCGCUUCCUAAUACUUAGUUGCUUUUUAAAUAUUUGGCAAAGGCCCUAUUUGUUUUUAGAAGUGCUUUGGUCACAAAGUGGCAGUACAUCUGCACAUAAAAAUGUAAGUGUAUAGUAAAACUGUAAAGAUGCUUUCUUUCCCCUUUCAUCCUCUUGUAUGUGCUGGAUGAUGGUUGAUUUUUAGCUAGUUAUAAAGGCAGGUUUUAGAGUCUUUAGCUGUGUUCCUUUUCACAGCUGAGAUCCUCUUGGCAUCUUGUGGUCUGACCAGCUCAGUUGAAGGCUUUGACAGAUGCCACUUCAGGGCACUUGGGCCUUGGAGGCCCUGCAGCCCUUGCUGGGCUGCUCCCCACAGAUAACAUGUUUGCAUCACUGCUUCAGCGAAUGUUGAUGGGCUUACUUUCCAUCUCUGUAAAUGGUAACACUUCCAAGUGUCCUUCCUGCUGCUGUGACAAUGCACCAGUCACUGAUUCUCUGCAAGCAAGAUAAUGUAGCAGUGGGGAGGAAAGGGAAGGGGAUCUGUCAAGGCUGCUCACUAGGAAGAUGCUCAUUAAACUCCAGUUCCUGUCCUCUUCCUCCUCUGCUUACAACCAAAUAAAAAUCCUGUCUGUCUGAGGACCACCUCCCUUUUUGUUUUGAAAGCGGGAUGAAAAAGGCUGUUUUGUUCUGCUAAUGCUGUUCAAUUAAACCUUAUUGUUUGUGGUCACUUUAUAUUUGCAGUGUUGUGAUGUGAGUCUGUGCAUCUAAUGCAAUUGGACUCCCUGUGACCAAAAAAAACUUGUUACCUGUUUGUUCCUGUGACUGUGUAUUGUUGUAACAUGGAGUGUAAUGAAAUAUACCUUCAUAACCAAAGGUGCUAUGAAAUUGGUUGUUUGGUAUCCCAGGAAUAAGGUUUGUUUUUGAGAAUGGACUGCCGUGUCAACACAUGUACAAAAACUCCUUGGUUGAAUUGGUGGAAGUUCAGACUUUUAUGUCUUGUUUAAAUCAUUUUCACUAUUCAUUUGGAUGCAUAUAGUUUUAAUAUUGUGCUUUUUUUAGUGUAUUAAUGUGACUAUGCUCUAGGAAAGAUUACAUUCAGUGCAUUUUAACAUCAUGUAUGCUGUUAAUUCAUUACCUAAAAUUGUUACCACUGCCAAACCUGUUGUUCUUGGUGCUGCUUUCUCAUAUUACAUACUCCUGCAAAAUAUUUGGCAUUUGCCCAGGGGGACACAAUCCAUCAUUGUAGAAUUAGGAGCAUCUCUUUAUUAAUGCUCACCAUUGAGUUUAGCUGAGAUCCUAACGGUUCUGUAAAGUUUGUGUGAAUCAAUCCUGGUUCUGGUUGCUGCUACAUGCCUUCGGAUGCUAAGUGAGUCUGUGUGAUUGUGUAUUUGGAGAACAUGCACUGCGGAGUUGGCUGCAGUUCUCCACAGGUUCAAAUGCUGAUUGCAUCCCUGGUUUUAAAAUUCAAGAUUAAACUCAGAUCUUGAUUACAUUCUUGGUAUUAAAAAUCUAGAUUUAAGCUGCAUCUCUCCACACAUGCAGGGGUAGUGAGCAGGCAGGUACUAUUGGAAACACCAAAACACCCUUCUGGAAAUUUUUCUUUGGUGUGUCUGAUUAGCACGAGCUGUUUUGCAAAUUCCUGUUAAUGUUUCAGUGGUCAGUCUCUAAACUGCUGUAGAAAUGACUGGUUCAUACCCCAAAAUUUAAUGAAAUAUUCAGGGUCAUUGGCAUUGACUGUUAUUGGGAAUUGAAGUGUUUUUGCAGGUCACUGCUUAGUGUGCAGGUGAGCCUUGUGAUAGAGUUGAAGAAGUUUAGACAGCGAUAAAGGAAGACUCUUACAACCAGCUUGGAAAACAAUUGUAGAGCUGGAUGAGCACAGCAGGCCAAGCAGCAUUAGAGAAGCAGGAAAGCUGACGUUUCAGGCCUAGACCCUUCUUCAGAAAAGGCCCGAAACAUUGGCCUGCUGUGUCCAUCCAGCUCUGCACCUUGUUAUCUCAGAUUCUCCAGCAUCUGCAGUUCCUACUAUCUCUAGAAAACAAUUGUACACAUUUUGUUUUUCGAAGAGUCUGAGAGGAAUUUUAAAAGCAUAUUUUGGGAAUCUGAGUACUGUGUAAAGUUUCUUAGAGCAGGAUGGUACCUUAAAAUUGUUGAUGUGCUUGUAUUUUGCUGCAGGUUUCUUACUUUAUUGAUGCAGAGGGAACUUCUUAAAAUGCUUACUAUUCCUUGUACUAUAACCUGUUGUUCUCGCAUGUAUUGUUAAAUAUUAUUCUCAUCUAUGUUUGUAUUUUAACCUGAUUUUUUUUAAUACAAAUGUUACCACAA